GUUCGCGUAUGGGCGCCGCUACCGCCGCGCUGGCCUCGCUUCCUGUGCGUGCCGGGGUCAUCGCUGUCUCUGGUUCCCAGGCUUUGGCCUCUGGUGGACGAGAAUCGCGGAGCCUGCGGGGCUAGACGUCUACUGCCCCGGGCAGCACCUGGGCGGGCGCGGAGCUGUGCAGGCCAGGAUUCGCGCGGGCAGGGCAGAGGAUCGAGCGGGGAAUCCGGAGCGCGAGCCCCCGGCGUAGUCAGCGGUGGGGCCCAAGGAUCCCGGCGGGAAGUGGCGGAGGUGGCGGCGGAGGCGAAGGGGCAGCGGGACCCGGGCCUGGCCCAGGGUCCGCGGGACGGUGAGCCUCAGGGAGGCGGAUCUCAGCCCCUGAAAGGACACCAGCCUGGAUUUGUCCUGUAGGCCCGGCCCGGGCCCCUCGGGAGCAGAACGGCCUUGGUGAGGUGGACUGGAGGGAACCUCGCAAGCAGACCUGCACCCGCGACAGCAGCCCCGCCCCGGACUCUCGGGAGCCGUGGGCAGAGGCUCCGGAGCCCCAGGAAGUGUCUCUCGACCAGUCUGGAGUGCAGCCGCGUGGUAUCGGCUCACUGCAACCUCCACCUCCCAGGUUCAAAGGAUUGUUGUGCCUCAGCCUCCUGAGUAGCUCGGACUACAGGUCUACCAGCCACAGUCUGCACAUUUCCGAGAGCAGCAGAAAAUGAACAAAUUGCAGGGGCCAGUGUCAUUCAAAGACGUGGCAGUGGACUUCACCCAGGAGGAGUGGCAGCAACUGGACCCUGAUGAGAAGAUAACAUACAGGGAUGUGAUGCUGGAGAACUAUAGCCAUCUUGUUUCUGUGGGAUGUGAUAUCACCAAGCCAAAUGUCAUCAUUAAGUUGGAGCAGGGAGAAGAGCCAUGGAUAACGGAAGAUGAAUUUCCAUGUCAGCAUAGUCCAGAAGUCUGGAAAGUUGAUGACCUAAUAGAGAGAAUCCAAGAAAAUGAAGACAGACAUUCAAGGCCCGCUGUUUGCAUCGACAACAAAACCCUGACUGAAGAGAAGGAGAAUACCUUUGGUCAAACCUAUAUGGAAACAAGCCUUGUUCCUUCAAGCAUAAUAGCUCAUAAUUGUGUCUCUUGUGGAAAGAAUUUAGAAUCUAUUUCAGAAUUAAUUAGUAGUGAUGGAAGCUAUGCCAGGACAAAACCUGAUGAGUGUAAUGAAUGUGAGAAAACAUAUCAUGGAGAGAAAACAUAUGAAUUUAAUCAAAAUGGGGAUACCUGUUCUCAAAGUGAAGAAAAUAUUCUUCAGAAAAUUAAUAUUUUGGAGAAACCCUUUGAGUAUAAUGAAUGCAUGGAAGCCUUAGACAAUGAAGCUGUUUUUAUUGCUCAUAAGAGAGCUUACAUAGGGGAGAAGCCCUAUGAGUGGAAUGAUUCUGAACCAGACUUCAUGCAGAUGUCAAAUUUUAGUGCAUAUCAGAGAACACAAAUGGAAAUGAAGCCCUUUGAAUGCAGUGAAUGUGGAAAAUCCUUCUGUAAAAAGUCAAAAUUCAUCAUUCAUCAGAGAGCUCACACAGGAGAGAAACCUUAUGAAUGUAAUGUAUGUGGGAAAUCCUUCAGCCAAAAGGGAACCCUCACUGUGCAUCGGAGAUCACACUUAGAGGAGAAGCCCUAUAAAUGUAAUGAAUGUGGGAAAACCUUUUGUCAGAAAUUACACCUUACUCAACACCUAAGAACUCAUUCAGGAGAGAAACCCUAUGAAUGUAGUGAAUGUGGGAAAACCUUCUGCCAAAAGACACAUCUCACCCUACACCAGAGAAAUCAUUCAGGAGAGAGGCCCUAUCCAUGUAACGAAUGUGGGAAAUCCUUCUCCCGCAAGUCUGCACUCAGUGACCAUCAGAGAACUCACACAGGGGAGAAACUUUAUAAAUGUAAUGAAUGCGGGAAAUCCUACUACCGAAAGUCUACCCUGAUUACACAUCAGAGAACACACACAGGAGAGAAGCCCUAUCAAUGUAGUGAGUGUGGGAAGUUCUUUUCUCGGGUGUCAUACCUCACUAUACAUUAUAGAAGUCAUUUAGAAGAGAAACCCUAUGAAUGUAAUGAAUGUGGCAAAACCUUCAAUUUAAAUUCAGCCUUCAUUAGACAUCGGAAAGUACACACAGAAGAGAAAUCUCAUGAAUGCAGUGAAUGUGGAAAGUUCUCUCAGUUGUCGUAUCUCACCAACCAUCAUACAGCUCAUUUGGGAGAGAAACCUUAUGAAUGUAAUGAAUGUGGGAAAGCCUUCCUUGUAAACUCAGCCUUCGAUGGGCACCAGUCGCUUCCAAAAGGGGAGAAAUCCUAUGAAUGUAAUAUAUGUGGAAAGUUAUUCUCUGAGUUAUCAUACUAUACUGAACAUUAUAGAAGUCAUUCUGAAGAGAAACCUUAUGGAUGUAGUGAAUGUGGGAAAACCUUUUCCCAUAAUUCAUCCCUCUUUAGACAUCAAAGAGUACACACAGGUGAGAAACCCUAUGAGUGUUACGAAUGUGGAAAAUUCUUCUCUCAGAAAUCAUAUCUCACUAUACAUCAUCGAAUUCAUUCAGGAGAGAAACCCUAUGAAUGUAGUAAAUGUGGAAAAGUCUUCUCUCGGAUGUCAAACCUCACCGUCCACUACAGAAGCCAUUCAGGAGAGAAACCCUAUGAAUGUAAUGAAUGUGGGAAAGUCUUUUCUCAGAAGUCAUACCUCACUGUACACUAUAGAACUCAUUCAGGAGAGAAACCCUAUGAAUGUAAUGAAUGUGGGAAAAAAUUCCACCACAGAUCAGCCUUCAAUAGCCAUCAGAGAAUUCAUAGAAGAGGAAAUAUGAAUGUACUUGAUGUGGAAAAUCUCUGAAGUCAGAUCUCAAUUUUUAGAAAAUUCUCUGAAUAGGAUGAAUAUGGGAAAUCCAAUAGGAAGUCAAAGAGCUUAUCUGAGAGUUCAUGUUCCUGAAUGGUGAGAAGCAUUUAGGUGUUAGAUUCAUUUUAAUCUGAAUUUUCACAGAGAAGAAUCCCUAAGAAUGUAACAAGAAGGAAAGCCUUCAGCAACAUACGACUCAUUGGACACUAGAUAAUUUAUGCAGGAGUGAAGUUUUAUAAAUAUUUAAUAUUUAUUUUGGAUUCAAAUUGUAUUUACAUAUCAGGGAAUCAUACAAAGGCAAAAUCUGUCAAUAUGGUGAAUGUGGAAAAUGGAUUGUCUUGGAAGUUGUUCUGCUAGAAGCCAUAUUUCUGAUGUAAAAUCAGGUGUUUAUAGGAAAGAUCCCAGAGACUAUGAGUUCUGAAUAAACCUUCAUUGUAUAAAAUGAAGUUUUUAAAUUAUCAGGAGUUGAUCAUGAGGACAGUAGCAUUAAAUAAGUAUAUGGCCAUUUUUUAUCAUGUUUUAAAAAUGCAAUCUAAUGGUAAUUCUAUGCAAGCUUGGAUUUGGAUGACUUAUGAAAAGGCAGUUUUCUUAUUUGAGUGUUAGGAUGACAACGUGUACUGAGAGGAUAUAUUGUUAUUGAGAUAAUAUUUCAUAGUUAUAAAAUGGUAAAGUGCAUAAUUUUCUAUUUUGAGGAAUCUCCAAAUGGGUUAACAAAUGCCUCAAUAGUAGAGGAGGCAGUGGUUUUGUAAAGUUUUCAACUGCAUCUGAGCAAGGUAAGAUUUUUUAAAAGCCUAUUUUGAUAAACUAUACAUACAUAAUUUGGAACUGUUUAAGUCUAUUUCAGUGAAAGAGAACAAACAUACUGCCCAUACUCUAAAAUAUCCCCAGCUCUCACACCACCACCCUUUUUAAUCCAUAGGUUUGAAUGUGCCUAGUGCCAAUAUUUUGUAAUUCUGAAAUUUUAUUCAGAAACUUCUAUUUGAUAUAAAUACAAUAUCGUUG